AUGUCACUCUUAUGUGCGCUUCACAAAUUCCUGUUCGGUCUCUUGCUCGUCACCCUGCUCGUCCCUCUGCUUGUCAGCGCUAGCCAUAGCGUGCAAGCUCAACACCACUUGAAAAGAGAUCACAACUCUCAGAACGCUAAGGGUCCUCCCGUAGAAUUCGCCGCCCCCCUCGACGCUCCACCGGUCCUCGUCAAGUCACUAUACAAUCAGUUCGCUCCGCAUGGCAAGCAUGCCAAACUCGCUAACGCACGGGACAAGGGUAUAAAGAGGCUGCAGCGUUGGAUGCAUAGGCUCGGCCUGCACCCAAGUGAUCAUCAGGCCAGAUCGCUGUAUGGCAUGAUUCGCAAUGCUCAGCGUGAGAAGCACCACGAUCACGGCCCACAUGGGGAGAAGCACCACGAGCACAAGCACAAGCAGCGCAGCAAGCAACAUCGCGUGGACAAGCAGCACCAUCACAGUCAUCAUGAGGAGAAGCACGAUGAGCACAAGCAGGAACAUGGCGAGCAGCACGCUCGCCAACCGGCGUGGGUGGAAGUGGGCGAUUCGAAAACGGAUCGACCAGCGACACGAGCUCGACCAUUGGAUGCCGGGGUGCUGCCGCCGUCAUCGCCGCACAGUUGGGACGACGAAUCAAACUCUUGGCGCAAGACGACGUCUUCGCCGGCGGCGGCGGCUAUCGCACCGCUUCCCGAGCCUGCCAACAUCGCGGCGCCGACAUCGUACGACCAGAGCGGAAGAACGUCUCGGAGUGAUCGGCCGCCUGCUGCGGGCAGCUUGCUCACUCACAGCGAGGAUGCACGUGCUCCUGUCACCAGUGCACCUUCCGCUUCGAUUGGCACGAGCGAGAGCGCGCGCACGAGCGGAUCGCUCAAUCCCAGCUCCACUCCUGCGUCCACAUGGGCGCAGUCCAACCCAUCCAAGACGGCCGAUCCACGUCUCGACCCACUUGCCGCAAACAGCACCCGCCACAUCGCUGGCAUCCCGAUCGCGGAUGACGGAGAUAUGAAAGUUGGCGUCGCGUCAGCGGUCAACCGCACAGAUCCAACGCUGGUGCGUGGCGCCAAAAGCAGCGGAAGCAUCCGCACAGCUCGUGUCUACCGCGACAUGCUCGGAAGCGUCGGAUUACAGAGCGUCGUCUUGGGCGCAGCGCUCGCAGUGAUUGUGAUCCUUGCCGUCUGA